GACAGCUGUCGGAUUUGUGUCCGGACUCCCAGUUUAUUUCUCUUUCCCACCGUCCGCCUACAGUCCCUCUUGGGUGGCCCGUCAGUAUUGGAGGGCGAAAGUGGACAGAUGAGCGGCGCCAUGCGCUCGGUUCCGAAGGGCAUCUCGUGUCCGUUCCAGGACCAGAACUGCACGUGCAUCGUGGAGACUCUCUCCUCCUGGAACGACACGGGGGUCAAUGAGUACCGGAUGGUGGACCUGCCGUCUGUUACCACCCCUGUGGCCAUGGUGCACGAGGCCCCUCGUCACCCCUUCCCCACUGUGGAUGUACCUGACUACGCCCAUUAUACUAUAGGGGCCGUCAUCCUGGCUAUCGGCAUCACCGGCAUGGUGGGCAACUUCCUGGUUAUCUAUGCCUUCAGCAGGAGCAGGUCACUGAGGACUCCAGCCAACAUGUUCAUCAUUAACCUGGCCAUCACUGACUUCAUGAUGUGCAUCACACAGGCACCCAUCUUCUUCACCAACUCCAUGCACAGGAGAUGGAUCUUCGGGGAGAAAGGCUGUGAGCUCUAUGCAUUCUGCGGGGCUCUAUUUGGGAUCUGCUCUAUGAUCACUCUGACGGUGAUAGCAGUGGACCGCUACUUUGUGAUCACGCGUCCGUUGGCCUCCAUUGGGGUGCUCUCCAAGAAACGAGCCCUGCUCGUCCUCAUGGCUGCCUGGGCCUACUCACUGGGGUGGAGCUUGCCCCCUUUCUUCGGCUGGAGUGCCUAUGUUCCAGAGGGUCUGUUGACUUCCUGUACAUGGGACUAUGUGACCUUUACCCCGUCCGUGCGUGCCUAUACCAUGCUGCUCUUCACCUUUGUCUUCUUCAUCCCCCUGAUCGUCAUCAUGUACUGCUACUUCUUCAUCUUCAGAGCUAUACGUACAACUAACAAGGCUGUAACUAAGAUCAACGGCACUGCGAGUACCAGAGACUCCAUUAAGAGUUUCCAUCGGCUGAAGAAUGAGUGGAAGAUGGCUAAGAUCGCUCUUAUUGUCAUCCUCCUCUAUGUCAUCUCUUGGUCCCCCUACUCUGCUGUUGCCCUGACCGCAUUAUCAGGGUAUACAGAUUUUCUGACCCCCUACAUGAACUCAGUGCCUGCUGUGAUCGCCAAGGCUUCAGCCAUUCACAACCCCAUCAUCUAUGCCAUCACCCACCCCAAGUACAGGAUGGCCAUAGCCAAGUACAUCCCAUGCCUGGGGUUUUUGCUGUGUGUACGUAGACGCGACCUGCAAUCCACCAACAGCAGCUUCAUGUCCACCCGGCGAUCCACUGUCACCAGCCAGACCUCCGACAUCGGCGACCGCUUACACCGCACCAGCACUGUCAAGUCCCGCCUCUCUUCUGCCUCCGACAGCGAAUCGGCCUGGACAGAUACUGAGGCUGACCUCUCCAGUAUGGGCUCCUGGCCGGCUAGCCGCCAGGUGUCCUGUGAUAUCAGUAAGGUCACCGCCGAGCUCCCACACUUCAAGCCCUCCAGCUCCAAGUCCAAGAUGAAGAGCCACGACUCUGGUAUCUUUGAGAAGAGCUCUAAUGCCAUGGACAACAUCUCCAUGACAGGCGUGGGCCACAGUGACCACGGCUUCCCUCCAAGUGCAGGAGAUUCGUCAGAAGGCACCAUAACUAGAGGAAUGAUUGGCCGGAUUCCCAGCAUCGUCAUCACCUCUGAGACCAACCCCUUCUUACCUGUCCUUAAAGCCAGUUCCCAUGGUUCCAGUACUAGGCCAGCCAGUGGCAGUGUAGAUGUAGGAUCUGUAACCAAGGGGCCACGGGAGAGUGUCCAGCAGGGGUCAACACUUCCCUCUAACAGGGAUGGCUCUACACCACUCAUCUGAUCACAACCACCCAGUUUUUAUGUACAGCACUUGAUUAUUUAUAGUAAAUGCCAGGGUCUGUACUCAACAUGCAACUUUUCUGAAAGUCAAGUUAUUCACCAGGGGGUUAUGUUCUUUAU